AUGGCCUUGCAGGACUUCCUCCGAAAUAUUCCCUCCAAACUCCUGUUGGCCGACCUCUAUGAGAAGUGGAUGCAAGCUCUGGAGAAGCCAAGCAAGCAGGAAAAAACUGAAGAAUUGAAAGAGGUGGCUGACAAACUGCCUAGACCAAACCUUGUCUUGCUCAAGCACUUGCUGUCUCUGCUCCACCACAUCAGCCAGAACGCCGAGACCAACAGGAUGGACUCCAGCAAUCUGGCCAUCUGCGUUGGCCCAAAUAUGCUGAGCCCAGAGACGGACAACACGCUGCCGCUGGAAGUGCAGAAGGAGAUGAAUGACAAGGUGCGUUGA